AUGGCUCCACCGUCGCAGUGCUUCGACGCCAUGCACAGCGCGGCCAACAAUGGCGCCGCCCCGGCGGUGGCUGACGCAAAGCCGCAGUGCCCCGCCGUGCUCGACGCCGACGUGUUCCGGCGCCAGGGACACGAGGUCAUCGACUUCAUCGCCGAGUACUACGGCGGCAUGGGGGACUACCCCGUGCACCCCAGCGUCACGCCCGGCUUCCUUCGCAAUGUGCUCCCCGCGGAGGCGCCGUCCCGCCCGGAGCCCGACGCGUUCGGCUCCGCGCUGCGGGACGUCCGCGACCUCAUCCUCCCGGGCAUGACGCACUGGCAGAGCCCCCGCCACUUCGCGCACUUCCCGGCGUCCAGCAGCACCGUCGGGGCCCUCGGGGAGGCGCUCAUUGCCGGCAUCAACGUGGUGCCCUUCACGUGGGCCGCCUCGCCGGCCGCCACCGAGCUGGAGAUGGUGGUCGUGGACUGGCUCGGCAAGGCGCUGCAUUUGCCGGAGAGCCUCCUGUUCGCCGGCGGCGGCGGGGGCACGCUUCUGGGCACCUCGUGCGAGGCCAUACUCUGCGCCCUCGUCGCCGCCAGGGACAAGAAGCUCGCCGAGAUCGGCGAGAGGAGGAUCGGCGACCUUGUCGUCUACUGCUCCGACCAGACCCAUUUCGCCUUCCGCAAGGCUGCGCGCAUCGCCGGGAUCCCGCGGGACCACUGCCGCGCGAUACACACGUGCCGCGAAGACAUGUUCGCGCUCUCGCCCACGGAGCUGCAGGCCGCCAUGCAGGCCGACGUGGACGCCGGGCUGGUGCCGCUGUUCCUGUGCGCGACCGUCGGGACCACCCAGACGACCGCCGUUGACCCCAUCGGCAAGCUCUGCACCGUGGCGGCGUCCCACGGCGUGUGGGUCCACGUCGACGCGGCCUACACCGGCUCGGCGCUGGUCUGCCCGGAGUUCCGGCACGUGAUCGACGGCGUAGAGGCCGUGGACUCGUUCAGCAUGAACGCCCACAAGUGGCUCCUGGCCAACAACGACUGCUGCGCGAUGUGGGUGAAGAGGCCGAGCGAGCUCGUGGCGGCGCUGGGCACGGAGCAGGAGUACAUCCUCAAGGACGCGGCGUCGAAGGGGCACGACGUGGUGGACUACAAGGACUGGACCAUGACGCUGACCCGCCGGUUUCGCGCGCUCAAGAUGUGGCUCGUGCUCCGCUGCUACGGCGUGGACGGCCUGCGCGACCACAUCCGCUCCCACGUGCGCAUGGCCGAGGCGUUCGAGGACAUGGUGCGGGCCGACGAGAGGUUCGAGGUGGUGACGGACAGGCAGUUCGCGCUGGUGUGCUUCCGGCUCCGGUCGCCGGAGAGGUUCGGCGGCGAGAAGACGGCCAACGAGCUCAACCGGGGCCUGCUCGAGGAGGUGAACGCGGUCGGCCCGGGCCCGUACAUGAGCUCCGCGAACGUGGGCGGCGUCUACAUGCUCAGGUGCGCCGUCGGGAGCACGCUCACGGAGGAGCACCACGUCGCUGACGCAUGGAAGGUGGUCCAGGAUCGGGCCUCGGUAAUCCUCCGGAAAAUGGAAAUUAUUUACAGCGUGCUUGGUUAA